GUAUGGCAGUGCCAGUUUGGGCGGAAAAAAGAAAGGUGUGCUGUUAUUUUCCGAAAGGGAAUUGAACCAUUACAAGCUUUCCUGAAUAAAGAAUUGUCAAUGACAUCCCGUUAUGGUGUAGCUCCAAUGCGACCAGAGAGAACACAGAGUGCUAAGGGAAGACUAGAAACACCCUUUGAUGCAAUCCAGAACAGAGAAUUUUGUAACCACCUCAAUAUUAAUGGAAUUAAUGAUGGAAGCUCAGAAGCAAAGAAGACUCAUUCCUCUACAGUCAAGAUAUUGCCUCGCAGACCUUUGUCAGCUGUUUCAAGCAAGGCCAAGUCACUGGAGGAGGAUCGAAAAAAACAAAGGCCCAAGAAAAACGCAUCAAAAUGUCUGAAGGCGAAGGCGGAUCUCUCUGAUGACAGUGGGGAUAUGUUUAAGUUUGAAAUCCAGGGUGCAUCGAUUCAGAAUUCUUCAACAAGAAAUGCUGAUAACUCUCAAAAAUCCAGUCAAAGCAAUACAAGUAAUUGUGCAGAGGAUGUACAUGCUGGGUGUAACAAUAAUGAGAAGGAACAGCCCAAGUCUAGCGCACUUUGGUCGAGUUUAAUGCAGAGUGAAAUAGGUGACCUUGUCAAAGAAUCAUGCGUGCAGAUCAGUGAAGGUGACAGUUCAUGUUUUCUGACUGCAGUGAGAGAUGAGCCUGAAGAUGAUUCAGAAACUGUCCAUGUCCAUAUGCCUGGUGAUUCUCGAUCAAGAAGAAGCAGAAAGAGCAGUAGGAGUAGAGCACUGAGGCAUAGAUCUGCCACAAAGAGUGACUGGUUCAGUGUAAAACCUUGUGUGUAUAACAUGGAGUUAACAGAAGAAUCAGCUGACAGUUCAAAUGUCAGAAAGGAUGAAGGUGACUUUCCUUACAAACUGAAUGCACAACCCAAGGCUGAAACAUCAAUUGUGCCCGUAGUCAGCGAUUUGGUGGAGGAUAUGACCUUAAAGUCUCACCUAGGAAGACCAAUCCCACAAACCCUUGUACCUUUGAAGGAAUUCAUCCAGGUGUGUUCUGCAGAGAAUGAGAAAAAAUUACAGUGUUUAACAGGAAUAAACUCUGACAACUGUCUGGUAUUUCUGCCUGACUUAGACACCUAUGAUUUAGCCAUCAUAGAUGAAGUACCGUCUGUACAGCAUGUGGAUGAUGACCUACCCUACAAAGAAAGAGUUGUCUCCCCUAAACUAUGGGCUCCAAAGAAAUAUGCUCAUACGUUUAAACCAAUUGACGUACCAAAAUGGAAAUGCAAUCAUAAUAAAGGUCAUACGGAAAGCUCAAGGUAUAUUGACAGAGACAGAAAGAGAACAGUUGAACUGGUCAGGAAGGAAAUUCUGGAGUUAGAGGAGUUGCUAAAAGGUAUUGCAGUAAUUGAUAGCGAAUGUUUGAUGGCCCUGUAUCAAGCAGAUAUUACCAAAUUACAAGCAACAGUUAAAGACACCCUAAUGAGAUGUCCAGAACGGAUCAAGCCCCGAGAAAAGCCAGAUCAUUUUGGAUGGCGAAAGUUCCACAAUGAUCAUGAAGUUAUUAUUAAACGCAUUCGGGAACAGCACGCGGUCUGUCUCAAGGAGUUGGCCAAGUUGGAGGAAGAGGCGGACCUUACGGACGAGAGGAGAUAUUUCUCCAUACAAAUGAAUGCCGUUGUUACUUGUGAUCAGCCAGUGUAAGGACGACCUUAUGAAAACUGGAGUGUUCUAGUCCAAUGUUUAACCGUCUAAGGGUAUCACAGGGAUAUGGAAAUCUGCGAAUUGAACUAAAGACUGUUAUAGCAGUGCUUCGUUUAAUAUUCGUUUACCAAAGCUUGUGGUUGGAAAUUUGUUGUGAAGUUUUUUGACAUCGGGAAGUCAGGUUGUGCUAUUGAUUGAACAAAAAUAUUAAUAAAUGCCAUUGAUAAGCGAUUUUUUUUAUGUUCAUCUGAUCAGGAAUGUCAAGAGAAGUGUGACUCUAAUGUACUAAUUGUCUUGCUGAAUUUACUUGCUGACUUCGUCUCCGGUCGUACGCGGGAAGAUCUGUCAACAACCUGCGGAUAGUCGUGAGUUUCCUCCCACCAUAUUACCGGCCGGCGUGGGCACCGUCCUACAAUUAAAAAAUAUUCUUGAAACACCAAUCAAAUAAAUAAAUAAAUACCGGUCAGGUAGAAUUCAGUGGGCUACAGCGAUAAUGGUUUGUUAACCCAGUUCGUUUGAUGGCUCAGUGAAAAUAUAAUUCUCAGAAAAAAAAAAUGUCUUGUCACCCGUAACUGAGACGACACUGGGACAUAUUGUGUCAAAACUACCCCGUAGAAAUGAUACAUAAACUUAGGCUACUACAAAUGUCCGUUUGGGUCGGGUCAUUACAAAGACUUUUAAAAUGCUACUUGUUGCUGUCUCGCCACUGAGAGGUUAGAGCAAGGAAAUCGGAAUGGUCUGCCCAGUGUCAUUAUAAUCUGACUGGGUGGGGUGGCAUGUCUGGUGUCCUAGUCCUGAUGCUGUAGUGUUUUUGUCAGAAAGGAAGAACAGAUCCAUCAGCUGUUUAGAUGUGCACCACACCAUCAUUUCCAUCCGUCCCGUUAGUGGGACAUGUGACUAUAAGACUUCACAUUUGUCAACCGUCCUAGCUUUAUUCUUAGUUCACAUAUCCAUGUAACAAGCUACAUGAGUGUAGCAGCCGA